CCAUAGAGGUGCUCCGAGGGUGGCUAGAGUGUCGCCUGCGUAGCCGGCUUCCUCUUCUGAAGUCGUCCUCCCCAACAUGGCGCAGUCGAUUAACAUCACCGAGCUGAGCCUGCCACAGCUAGAAAUGCUCAAGAACCAGCUGGACCAGGAAGUGGAGUUCUUGUCCACGUCCAUUGCGCAGCUCAAGGUGGUGCAGACCAAGUAUGUGGAAGCCAAGGACUGUCUGAAUGUGCUGAACAAGAGCAACGAGGGGAAAGAAUUACUGGUCCCUCUGACGAGUUCUAUGUAUGUCCCUGGGAGGCUCCAUGACGUAGAACAUGUGCUCAUUGAUGUGGGAACUGGCUACUAUGUGGAAAAGACAGCUGAGGAUGCUAAGGACUUCUUCAAAAGGAAGAUAGACUUUCUCACCAAGCAAAUGGAGAAAAUCCAGCCAGCUCUGCAGGAGAAGCAUGCUAUGAAACAAGCUGUCAUGGAGAUGAUGAGCCAGAAGAUCCAGCAGCUCACAGCCCUGGGGGCACCUCAGGCUACUGCCAAGGCCUGAGUGUGUGGCAUAAAUACGGCAGCAGGACCCUGUUUCAAGGGGCCUAGGACUGUGGGCAUGGUGGCCUCCCCGUGUUGGGCAAAGGGUUGAUCUUGUGUUUAGUGCUAAUAAAUGUGCCAGCUGGGCAAAUAAUGA